AUGUUAAGGCUCUGCGCGAUAACGCUCUUAUACUAUUACUUCAUACCAAGUUAUGUCAUGGCCACCCCCGUUCGUGAUCUUGCUCCCCUCGCAACAUCAGGGAUAGCACCUUCUCCCCUACAUGGGACGACCCCAGAGAACUCGUAUUUACACCUCCAACUGCACGCCGGACAAGCACCGGAUGGUAAUCCUUAUGCGUAUCUGACCAAAUACGAUCCUCUCAAAUAUUCAAACGAAAACAAGGAACCGUACCCCGCCCCCAGCCCGAUCGAGUCGGGAACGGAAAAAAUGGGAAGACACUUCGAAGAUAGGAUGAUGGCUGUACCCAAAACACAGAAAAUGAAAGCACGAGCAGACAUCAAAAAAACUGAAAAAGAGGAGGAGCUCAUCAACUACAUUCUGAAUGAUCUAGAACCGGGGGGAGCUUACGUGAUUAUAGUCAACCCGAAUGGUGAAAAUAUCAUCAUCAAGAUGCCGAUAGCUUACUGUGAUCAUCAAUACGAUUGCGGAAGGGUCGAGGUCUAUCGCAUGGAUGGUACUCUGUUGGAAAGAACGGGGUGCUGUCAUGUAAACUGUCCGUGCAUAGCAAGAGACGUCUGUUUAAUUGUCGGGGAUUUUUUGCUCGCCCUUCUCGAAGCUUGUCUCGACAGCAGAACCAACCGCCGGGCCCUCGCAACUGGACCUCCUCACAAUAUCACUCCUCACAAUAUGAAAGAGGUUGUUGGACAAUGGCUGGCGAUCCGGGGUAAACCCAGCAGAAUUUCACAAAAAGAAAAUGCUGAGUUGUAUAAGCAGUACGUCAAUGAGAUGGCCCCCAACUUGCAAGCGGAUGUAAAAUCAAGGGCCUCGGCAUCGGCACCUGCCCCCAGCCCCCAAUCUUGGUCGUCGUAUUAA